AUGAGCAACCCGUCGUACCCCAUCAAUGGUAGCCCAUAUCCCUCCUCCCCGUCCCCUUUCCACCAGCCCCCCACCACCGGCUCCCCAGCGAAUGGCCAGAGUGCUAAUGUCACUCCGAACGUCCCAGCGCACCCCCAGUAUCCCUACGCUGUCCCUCACCAGCCCUACGGCUACGCCCCCUACGCACACUAUCCCCCCGGGAUGAUGGUGUACCAAGCGCCCGGCGGCCACCCCGAGUCCAGCCAAAGCGCGUCCGCUGCGCCCGCGCCCUCCACUGGCAAACGGAAAAGGAAGUACGCCCCCGACGGUGUUAACAGCAAAGCGUCUGACGAAGAAGGUGCAGAUUCAGGCGCGGACGUCCAGCACGGCACCCAGCCCUCCGCCGCCGCAAUCGCAGAAAGCAAGAAGCGCACAAAGACCCAGCGCGCGUGCGAUAGCUGUCGCUCCAGGAAAAUUAGAUGCGACAUCCUGGUGGAUGCUGAUCCCCCGGUAUGCCAGCAUUGUAAGCAAUAUUCCUUUGAAUGCACCUUCUUCCUCCCCAUCACGGAGACGCGGUUCAAGAAGAAGAAAAUCGAAGAGGAAACGGCGGCGGCGGCUGAGAGAGAAAAGGACGAGCGGAGCACCUCCUCUCCUCAGGCCGACCACCCAAAGACCGGGGACAUCCGAGUAUUCGGCCCGACUUCUGCUGCGCACAUGCUACACUCCCACCCAUUGGUCUCAUCGCGGACGUACGAAGCGUACGACCUGCGAUAUCAUCACUCAUGGGACCUGAGUGCGGACGGGGACGGCGUCAUCAGGGUGCAUGAGCCCGAGCAGGGCGAGCUUCAACUGGCGCUACCAAAACCGAUCGACCUGCGGAUAGAACGCGACGUGGUCGAGCGGCUGGUUAACUCCUACUUUGCCGAUGUCGCGCCUAUGCUUCCUGUCGUCACCCGAGAAGAGUUCAUCGAAAACAACCCUCCACCUCCGAUUCUCUUGUACUCAAUAUGCCUUGUCGCGGCCACACGACGAGACGUGUCGCAGCAGGUGUUCGAGUCCAUACGAUACACUGUGAACAGUCUGAUCAAGGCCGAGGACGUUCUCUCCACGGCGUCAAUUGUAAAUGUCCAGUCGCUGCUCAUCCUUGCGAUGGUCGGCGACUGUCACUCACAGUACGUGCCCAACGCUUUAUCGGCGCUGUGGGUACGGCUCGGCUGUGCGAUCCGAAUGGCACAAGACUUGGGCCUGCAUAGAGCCGAGUCCGUGAAAUUGAACAUUGAGAUGCGCAGAAGGCUGUGGGGUGUUUGCGUGAUCAGCGACCGGUGGAUCAGCCUGACGUUCGGGCACCCGCACAUGAUCGACAUUCGCGACUGCGACGCGCGGCUGCCAUCCUCGGGCGACCCGAACGACUUGUACCUGGACGAACUGGUCCGGUUGAGUGUCCUCCUCGGUCGUGUCCAGAAGACCAUUUAUACACCUGCGGGACUGAACUCAACCAACGACGAGGAGCUGUACGCUCUUUUGGCCGACCUCGAAGCAUGGAAAGAGCAUCUGCCGCCGGAGCUGCAGUACCGUGGUCCUGAGACUCCCAAGAUCGCUGGACUGUUGUACAUGUUCUACACAACGGUGAACAUGAUGUUCUGGCGUGUGUUCAUGCGCAUCUCGUACUCCUGUCCUGAGCACCUCAAGUUCUCACUCACCGUCGGGAAAUGGACCGGACUCGUGCAGAUGACGAGCGAUGCGAUUGACUGGCUCGACGCGCACGAGACCAUGUACGACGUCUGGAUGUUGGUCGCCUACUGCGCGACAAGUUGUGCGCUGGUGCAGUAUCACACCUACGCUCGCCGACAAGAUCCGGAAGCUCAAGUCAAGCUCAAGAAGCUCCGAGACUGUAUCCGCAGGUGGGAGGCAGCACACUCGCCAGAGCACAUGUCCUCCCGACGGAAGACGGCGGAAAUUAUCACGCUCUUGUACGAAGCAACGCAGGCGCCGCUAGUACUCGGUGUCCAACCAGCACUGAACCCGACGGGAGGCGUCAAGGGCAAGUCACAGCUGUCGGCGCUGAGCUUCCAGAAGGACAGCACUCGCCCUGGCGGCGGCGUGUUCAUUGCUAAAGGGCCUGUCCAAGACAGCGAGUUGCUCACCAAGCUGCCCGAGGGUACACUGAUCAAAGCCGAAGGCAGCAGUGUUCAAGGAGGUGGGGAGAGCUCAAUGCGCCUGCAGCAACGUCAACAACAACAGCAGCAGCAACAGCAACAGCAACAGCAAAAGCAACAGCAACAGCAACAACUGCAGCAGCAGACGCAGCACCAACCACAGCAGAACCAGUCGAUGCAGGGCCAACAGCCACCGAUGGUCAACUUCACGCAGCUGGGCUUCCCGAACAUGAACCCGAUGUUGAACGACCAGUUUGCGUUGCCGCCAGGAAAUGUGCAGGUGAUCAAUGUGCUCGAUCAGCCGCUGCAAGGCAACGUGCUCGAGCAGAGCACAAUGGCGGACGUCAAUUUCCUCGAGGGCAUCCCGGGCGCCAUGUUCGAUUGGGGCCAGUGGGACACGUUCUUCUCGCGCUUCGGGCCGAUGAACGGCGGCGGCUUCCAGGGCCGCGGGGACUUGCCCAUGGGCGGCGAGCACUGCUCGCCGCAGGAGCAGCAGGGACGUUUUUUUCCCGGGCCCGGAGACCACAUGUGA